AUGAUUGCAUCUAGUGUACGGAUAAACUGGUCUGUGGUUGACAUUCAUCAGCCAGGAGACAGCGAGCCGUCUGCGCUGUCACAACAGUGUGGGCCUCUGAAGAGCAGCCUCAGUUCCCAGAGCUCAGAUGGUGAGUUGCAUGAGACACCCUCCACCUCUGCUGUGAGCUGCUUGAAGGGCACGUGCACAUGUGGCAUCCAUAUGUCCAGCCGCAAUGCCAUUUCCAGUUCCUACAGCUCCACCAGAGGCAUCUCUCAGCUCUGGAAGAGGCGGCGUCCCAGUGCCUCACCCUUCUCCAGCCCAGCCUCAUCCCGCUCGCAGACACCAGAUAGGCCAGAAAAGAAAACAAGAGAAGAGGACGUUUCUCAGGAAGCUGGCUCUUCAACUCCACCGGUAGACAAGGAGUCCCAGGGUGAACAGGUUGCAGAUACGACCACAUGCAGGGAGCAGAACUCCUGCGAUUCUGCAGCGACACCCAGCACCUCCUGGCCACGCAGACGGAAGUUUCAACUGGUGCCUUCCAGGAAAGGGAUCCCGCUUAUCUUGCCUCCAGCUCCCAAGCUCGCUGGCCCGAUCACGGUCGAAGAGUAUUACCAGGAGGGGCAAGAUCGGUUACGGUGGCUGAUGAGCGUCUUCGAGGAUAAGGCUGAAACGGCCUCGAGCUCCAUCACGGAGAGCCCCCCUGCCACUGCACCGGCUUCUACUCUCGCUGUGCCUGCUGCUUGGACUGCUGCUUCCUCGGCCUCCCCGCCAGCCCCACUGACUAUCCCGCAGUUUCUCAAGAACAACAUCUUCCUGAAGAACCUGAACCCCCUGGGCCUACCAUCUUUCCCAGUUUUCCUGCCUGACAGCCACCCCCAAUGCCCGUUCGCCCCUGACGACACCAGGUCUUCUGGGCCCUCUUGGCUCUUCACAGCCAGGGUCCCUCCCCGGCCCUCCUCAGACUCCAGGUCCACAGAAACUUUCUCGGGGCUGACCCCUGCCUCUCCCGCAAUACCAGCCUGUGAUGCCACCAAGUCACCUCUGGCCUCUCAGGCUGAGACAUCUGCCAAACCCCAGGCCACGCCUGCCCCAGGCCCCACCCUGAAGCCCAGUGCCCCACUUAGAACACCGAGCAGCCCACCUGCUAACCCUUCUGCCUCGGCAGCUCUUGCUGUGUCUUCAGCACAUCCCAUGUUCAAGCCCAUCUUUGUGGCUCCACCUAGAAGUGGGAAUGAGGGUCCUGUGCCAUUCAGCCGUUCCCAUGUCGCAACGGUGGCAUCUUCCAGCUCUGUCCCCACCCCGACUACCAGCAGCCUCCCCACUUUCAGUCCUGUUUUUAGCAGCACAGGGCUACCUACAUCUUUGCCCUUGUCAACUCCUUUCUCCUUCAGUCAGAAUACUUCAGGCACUAGCACGAAUGCCCCUCUGUUUCCUGGCCAGGCCAGUGUCAGUGUCCCCUCAGCAGCGGCUUGGGGGACCACCACUGGCACAGCCGCGGACUCCACCCAGAAGCCUGUCUUUGGCUUUGGUGCGAGCAGUGUGACCAGCACUGCGAGCAGCAUGACUAGCUCCACUGCUUCCACUGCCCAGCCUGCUCUCUUUGGUGCCCCUCUUGCCCCUGGGGCCAGCUCUACCCCAGCCAUGGGCUCCAUACUCCAGUUUGGCAAGGCGCUGGCCACACCUGCUCCAACAACAGCCAUGACAUUUGGCCAGUCCCUGCCUGGCGCCGUCCAGACAGCUGCUGGCAGCAGCACCGCCAGUUUUGGUGGCUUUGGUGGCACCCUCACGACCUUCACACCCGUCGCUCCGAGCCAGCCUGCACUGACAUUCAGCAGCACUGCCACCCCAGCCUUCAACAUUCCCUUUGGUUCUGGCACCAGGCCCCCCAUUCCUUCCUAUCCUGGAGUCACCCCACAGCCCAUGUUCGGGGCCACUGACAGACAGCAGAUGGGGGCCGCCAAGCCAGCCCUGGCCCCCAGCUUCGGCAGCUCCGUUCCUUUUGGAAGAUCAGCAGCUCUGCAUGUUUCCUCCUUUUUUGCAGCCACCACCUCGGGCUUUGGAGCUACAACUCAGACCAACAGCAGCGGGACCAGUAGCUCAGUGUUUGGCAGCAUCCCGUCAUCGCCCUUCAUGUCCGGGUUGUUAGCAGGCCCCGCUGGCAGUGGGGGCUUUGGGAUGAGCGUGCCUGCCCCCCACAGCAUUUCCACCACUGGGGUGUUCGGCUUUGGCGCAGGACAGAGUGGGAGCACCGGCAGCACGGCUCCUUUCUUGGGAGGCUUGAGUCAGAACUCCCUGACUGCAGCUGGCCAGAGCACACCCUUUCCCUUCCACGUGGCUGGCACACCUCAGAACAUGUCUGUGUUUGCAGGCACAUCCACACCCACCUUUGGUCAGAACACCCCUGCCCCUGUAUUGGGUACAUCAGGCAGCAGCCUCUCCUCUGGGGCAUCCUCAGCACCUGCCCAGGGCUUUGCUGGACCUGGAACCUCUGGUAAGUUGCAAGUCUCUCUAGUCAGGGUGACCUGCGUAUUCCUUGAAGAUGGGGUGGGGUUGUUGGGGGAGUGUUGUGUAUUUUCCUUGGCCCUUGGCCCCACUGCAAAAAAGAAUUGA